AUGGCAACAAUCGGAUAUGCAAGGAAGUCGAAGGGCAAAGAGCGCAUCAACACCAGAUGCAAACUUUUGAACGAAAUGGUGCAUCGUCUGCGCACGAGAUGCUUGUGCACGGAAGUCUACGUGUCACCAUAUUGCGACGCCAAUCAACCGUUGGAAUCUCGUGACAACAACGAGAAUUAUGCGCGCCAUAUGGGGUUGAUCAGAAGCUGCGAUGGCGAUAUGUCAAAUCUGCUACUGUUGCUUAAAACAAAAUUUAAGCCCAUCCGUUUGGUAGUCAUCGAUUUUGCCGGGUUAAGCACGGAGUCGAAUUAUAUUCGUGCAUUUAUCAGGUAUAGUGGACAUAUGAUGAGGCCAUCCGUGGAUAAAAUUAACUUAUUUGAUGAAAAAAUACAUUGUACACACAAAUCAAACAAAUAG